AUGGAACGUUGCCCUACACCUCUGCCCACACCAGUGCUGGAUGCCAAACAAUUGGCUCGCUUGCUGAGUGUCAUUGAGGAAGAGGUGCUGCCCAAGACUGCGCAAGGGGUGAAGGAGGGCAACAAGGUCUUUGGUGCUGCCGUGCUCCGUGAUGUGGAGGGGUACCCCACGGUCAUUGCUGAGACCAAUCACGAGAUGUUAUGCCCUUUGUACCAUGGGGAGGUCUACACCAUCAAGCAACUGAGUGAGCUUCCAGCAGAUCAACGGCCCAACCCCGAGGAGUGCCUGUUUUUGAGCACCCACGAGCCGUGUUGCAUGUGUGUUUCCGCCAUCGUUUGGGCUGGAUACAAGAAGAUUGUCUAUUUGUUUCCCUAUGAAUCCACCAGGGAUCAAGGCAUCCCCCAUGACCUGCAGAUCAUGCACGAGCUUUGGGCCGUGGAGCGGUACCAGGUUCGCAACAAGUUCUGCUCUUCUGCUGGCAUUCCAGAAUUGAUUCAACAUCUUCCUGAAGAUCACCGACCAGCGCUCACCCAGCAGGUGUCACGCAUCACGUCGAAGUACGGAGAACUCUCGCAGAAGUACCACCAGGUCACACCGCUGCGGAAAUGUCCUGCAUGGCAGUUGGAAAAUCUAUAG